UAACGAUGUUUAGAGAGACUAGAGAAGAUAAGAUUUAGGUUUUUUAAUUAAUUAAUUAAUUAAUAGUACAAAAAUAAUAUAAAAGGAGAAGAAGAAGAAAAAGUAAAGCCAAGGGAUGACAAAAAGGGGGUGGCGGAUUUGGACUGCCCCGAAAGCAUUUUUUCAGAAAUCCUUGAAAACUGAUAGUACUUCCAAUUCUUUGUUUUUCAGAAAUUUCUUUCUUUUCUUUAAUAAAAACAAAGACAUUUUUCAUGCAUCUCACCUCAGCCCCUAACUAAUUAGCUUUCCCCGCCUGCCUCUUCUCGUCUCUUCGUCUUCUCUCUUACUUCUUUCUCUUUUUUAUGCAGAGUAUAUGCAAACUCUCUGUCUAUAUAUGUUCUUAAAAAAAAAAAAGUAGAAUCAAUUUUUUUGAUUUUUUUUUUCAAAAUUUACUUUUUACCCAAUUUUAUGGUGGGCAAGUAGAGUCUAAAAUUUUCACUUAAAUUGUGCUGGAUUUUUUUGUUAUUCGUGAAAUAGAUAGAUAGGGAUAGAAAGCAAAACAAGAGAGAGAGAGAGAGAGAGAGAGAGAGAGAGAGAGAGAGAAAUGGAGAGUUUCUUGUGAAAGAGGGGAUCUGAUCUUUCCUUUUCGCGUUGAAUUCUCUUUCUCCUCCUCAUCCUUUAUAAUGCCCACUUUUGUUUGUGUUUAUUUUUUAUUUUUUAUUUAUUUUGUGUGAAGAGAAGGCAGAUAGAGAAAAAAUAUAAAUAAAAACGGGGAAAAACCCGAAGAUAGGUAUAGAUCACUUAAAGCUAAGAAGGUUAUAAGCUCUCUAUUGUUCUGUCUAAGGCUCUCAGCUAUUGCUUUCUUUCAUAGUUUUGUUUUGCUGUAAAAAGCUUUCAUUUGGUUGUUCAUUUCACUUUGUCUAUUUCCAUAGCCUUUUCCUCCCCCUUCCCUUCUUUCUUUUUUAGAUAAUAAAAACUUAAAACGAAUUAAAGUAUAGGCACGAAGGAGAAGAAGAAGAAAACAGGGAAAUAAAUGAGAGCAGGAUUAAGCACGAUCCAACAGACCCUGACGCCGGAGGCGGCCAGCGUGUUGAACCAUUCGAUAGCUGAAGCAAGCCGAAGGAAUCACGGCCAAACGACGCCGCUCCAUGUGGCGGCAACGCUUCUUGCAUCUCCCACCGGAUACCUUCGCCAAGCAUGUAUCAAAUCGCACCCUAAUUCUUCUCAUCCGUUGCAGUGUCGAGCUUUAGAGCUUUGCUUCAGCGUGGCGUUGGAACGUCUCCCCACUUCUCAAAACGCCAAUAGUAGCAGCCCGGGGCUCGACCCGCCAAUUUCCAACGCCUUGAUGGCUGCUCUUAAACGUGCUCAAGCCCACCAACGCCGUGGAUGUCCCGAGCAACAACAGCAACCGCUUUUGGCUGUUAAAGUGGAAUUGGAGCAGUUAAUUAUAUCGAUUCUUGAUGAUCCAAGUGUUAGUAGAGUCAUGCGUGAAGCUAGUUUUUCGAGUCCAGCAGUUAAAGCAACCAUUGAACAAUCAUUGAACUCAACGACUUCAAACUCUUCUAAUACAGCCGGUUCAAUCGGAUUGGGAUUGAGACCAGUCGUAACUGCUGCUUCCACGGUUGCCGCGCCUUCAACCAAUCGGAAUUUGUAUUUGAAUCCGAGGUUACAGCAAGGGGCAGCCACGCAGGCCGGGCAGCAUAGGAGUGAAGAAAUGAAACGGGUGAUUGAUAUUCUGAUGAGGAGUAAGAGGAGGAACCCGGUUUUGGUGGGUGAAGCGGAACCAGAAUUGGUUGUUAAGGAGAUUUUGAGGAGGAUUGAGAGUAAGGAAAUUGAUGGGGUUUUGAGAAAUGUUGAGGUGGUACGUUUGGAGAAAGAUUUCGCAUUGGAUAAAAUCCAAAUGGUUGCAAAAAUUAAGGAGUUGGGUACUCAAGUUGGAGCAAAGAUUGGGAAUUUGGAUUGUGGAGGGGUGAUUCUUGAUUUGGGUGACUUAAAAUGGUUAGUGGAGAAUAACCAGCUGGUGGGUCUUGCUAGUGGGGUUCAACAGCAGCAGCAGAUGGUAUCUGAAGCGGCGCGUGCUGCGGUGGCAGAGAUGGGGAAAUUGUUGGGGAGGUUUGGAGAAGGGAGUGGGAGAGUUUGGUUGAUUGGAACUGCUACUUAUGAAACUUAUUUGAGAUGUCAAGUUCAUCAUCCUUCAAUGGAGAAUGAUUGGGAUCUGCAUGUUCUUCCUAUUGCUGCUAGACCCUUGCUGGGAAUUUUUCCCUGGCUUGGGAGCAAUGGGAUACUUAGCAGCUCUGUUGAGUCCCUGUCCCCAUUGAAGGGAUUUGCAACUACAGCUGCUCGACCUAGGCAAUUCUCUGAGAACUUGGACCCUGCUCAAAAAACAGGCUGUUGCCCACAGUGCUUGCAGAAUUAUGAACAAGAGCUUGCAAAACUUUUAGCAGCCAAGGAGUUUGAGAAAACCUCCUCUGAUAUUAAAUCAGAGUCAAAUCGGUCAGCUUUGCCUCAGUGGUUGCAGAAUGCUAAGGCCCAUGAUGAUGAUGCCAAAACAGUAGAUCAGACGCAGACUAAGGAUCAAGAGAUGAUCUGGAAGCUGAAGACUCAAGAAUUGCAGAAGAAAUGGAAUGAUACAUGCUUGCGUGUCCAUCCAAAUUUUCAUCAGCCCAGUCUAGGCUCUGAGAGAUUCUCUCCUGCAGCUCUCUCAAUGACAAGCUUGUACAAUUCAAGCCUGCUAGGGCGCCAACCUAUCCAACCCAAAUUACCACUGAACAGGAACAUUGGGGAGACACUGCAACUGAAUCCAAAUCCAGUAGCUAGCCAACUGAUGGAACAGACAAGUAGCCCACCAGGAAGCCCUGUAAGGACAGACCUUGUUCUUGGGCGACCAAAGAUCACUGAGAACACACCUGAAACAACCCAUAAAGAGCGUGUGAGGGACUUUAUGGGCUGCAUACCUUCUGAACCACAGAACAAGUUCGAGGAUUUGCAAAGCAACAAACUGUUAAACACGUUAGAUGCUGACUCAUUCAAGAAACUCCUUAAAGGUCUAAUAGAGAAGGUGUGGUGGCAACAGGAUGCAGCAUCUGCAGUGGCCACAACAGUGACACGCUGUAAAUUAGGCAAUGGAAAACGUCGGGGAGCUGGUUCAAAGGGUGACAUUUGGUUAUUGUUUACUGGCCCUGACAGGGUUGGCAAGAAGAAGAUGGCAUUGGCCCUCUCAGAUCAAGUAUGUGGGACUCAUCCAGUAGUGAUAUGUCUUGGUUCAAGACGUGAUGAUCCGGAAUCUGAUGUGAGUUUCCGUGGUAAAACAGUGCUGGAUAGAAUAGCGGAGGCAGUUAGGAGGAACCCCUUCUCAGUGGUAAUGCUUGAAGAUAUUGAUGAAGCAGAUAUACUAGUUCGAGGCAGCAUAAAACGAGCAAUGGAGAGAGGUCGACUUGCUGAUUCUCAUGGUCGUGAGAUCAGUCUAGGAAAUGUUAUUUUAAUUCUCACUGCCAAAUGGUCGCCAGAUAACCUUAAAUUCUUAUCAAAUGGUAUUUCCCUGGAUGAAAAGAAGCUUACCAGUUUAGCAAGCGGAGGUUGGCAAUUAAGGUUAUCCCUUUCUGAGAAAACUGCAAAGCGCAGAGCCAGUUGGCUACAUGAGGAGGAUAGAGCAACAAAGCCAAGGAAGGAAACUGGUUCACCACUGUCGUUUGACCUUAAUGAGGCUGCUGAUGUGGAGGUUGAUAAAGCUGAUGGAUCACGCAAUUCCAGCGAUCUCACAGUUGAUCAUGAAGAACAUGCCCUCACAAAUAGGCGAUUAUCCAACUCAACAUCAUCAUCAGUAUCUUGUGAGCUGCUAAAUUCUGUCGAUGAAGCCAUUGUCUUUAAACCUGUUGAUUUUGGUCCCAUUAGACGUGAUAUAGCAAACUCCAUAACAAAAAAGUUUUGCAGCAUUAUUGGCGACAAGGUAGCGAUUGAGAUCCUAGAUGAAGCUCUGGAAAAGAUUACAAGUGGGGUAUGGAUAGGCCAAACAGGAUUAGAAGAAUGGACAGAGAAAGCAUUGGUUCCAAGCUUGCAACAGCUGAAAACACGAUUGCCCACGUCAGAUGAGUCUCUAGUCUUUCGACUUGAACUUGAUGGUGAGUCCUGUAACCGAAGCCAUGGAGAUUGGCUGCCCUGUAGUGUGAAGGUGGCUGUUGAUGGGUUGUGAUGGUGAGGAUCAUGAUUAAAUAUUUUGCUAGUUCCUAGCUCAAAAAUUCAGUGAGGGUAAUGAACGAAAGGGAUACAAUUGGUAUUUCGUAUUUGCGUUGGAUAGAGAUGUAAAUAUAGUCAACUGUUCUUGGCGGGCCGCGAAGACGGUUGAGAGAGGUAAGGAGUUGAAAGCAGUUAGAAGAGGGAGACGUUGAUAGAUUAACGGUACGUUUAUUUAGUAGCCAGACUGACAAUGUCUCCGCCCUUUUUAUUAUUUUAUUAUUAUUUGAUUUCUUCUUGCUUUUUUUUUUCCUCGUUAAAAAAUUUUAUAUAGUAUUUUAUUUUGUUAUAGACAUGGGACGAUCAUUACCUAAUAUAAGAGGCGUUCCUUUUUUCUCCACAU